AUGUCCUCAAAAAUCAAGUUCGUUUCUCAAAAUUUGAUAUUUAUCAGUUUAUCCUGUUUAGGUACGCAACCUUGAUAACCUUUUCGAUAUUGUUCGUGUUGGCAGUGAUUGCCGCCAUUUUUUGGGAUAUAACUAGUGAAGAAAGUUGGUUUUUCCCUUGAUGUUUCUAUCGAAAUUGACUAGAAAAUUGAUAUAAUUGAUUUAGAAGGCCAACAAAUAACGGUUAAAGUUCAUCAGAAGGAAACGGCUGUUCAGGAGUUGCAUCCAUGGCUUUCGGUGCGUUGAAAUAAUUUUUUUGAAUAAAUGAAUUUUUUUCCUUGGUUUCUUAUAUAACCGAGAAAGAUUGAAAAAAAUUAUUAGGCCUCAUAAUUAAUUAUUUUCAGUCUGAUUCAGAAGCACUUUCAUAGAAAAAAAUCGAAAAAAAUCGAGAAAAAAACCCCUUUUUCUUCCUUUUUUUUUGUGAUUUUUUUAUUUUUUUAUUUUUUUUAUUUUCUCCAGACUUCCUUGUAUUUUUUGCUUUUUAUAAGAGUUAUAAUUUUUUUUAAAAGAUUUACAAACCAAAGAAAAAGGGAAAUUUAAGGAAAUCCGGAACUUUUACGGCGCCCAAGCUGUGCAUCGCAACAAUGUCUUGAAGAAAAUGACCAAUGAUUCCGAUUUUGGGCAUUUUUUAAACACAUUAGUACCUGAGGUAUCUUUUAAUUGUUUCCUGAAGUUUCAAAAUCUUUCUGGAUUCCAGGUAUAUUGCUUGAAAAAAGUUCGGAUCGGAUUUACCUGGGAAAGUAAUGAAAAAUGGAUGUGUAACCCGUGGAAAGUGCCGGCCGAUUGUUUGUAAGGGAUAUUUUUUUAUUCGAAAAAAACAAAAAAAUUAAAGAAAAAAAUGGAGAGAAAUGGUAAAGAGGGGGUGAUAUGGUCGCAAUCGCAUCAGAAAGCGAGUCAUGCAGUUUUGGCGAAGCUGGUAGCGCGCUCGACUGCCAAUUUGAAGUCCAGGGUUCGAUCCCUCUUCACUUAUUCUUUCUUUUGCCAUUUUUUAAACAACUUUUAUGAACAAUCACGUUAUUCUUUUAUCAAUUUUAAUAGUCAAAAGUUGCAGAAUAGUGUCCGCGGACCUCAGCGACGCCAAGUUUGAGCUUCAUCUCCAGCAAGUGACGCAUAGUCGGUGCAGACUUCUUGGAAUCUCCAAGGUUUUUUUAUUUUAUUUUAAUUUUUGAAGCAAUUUUUUUCAGAUGCAACCUCACGAAUGGUACGUGUCUCAGUACAAGGAACUCAAUGGAACUAUAAAAAUUGCUGAAAUUUCGCAGAAAACUGAGAAAGAGAAGGGGAAAUUCACUCUAGGUUUGCUUUAAAACGAGUAUUUCUUGCGAAUUUUACAAAUUUUCAGCCGAUUUGGUUGGUGAAACGAAGAUGAAUGAAGUUGAAGUUCUGAAAAUGGAAUUGGAUGGGGCGGAACAUUCCGUUUUGGAACCUUUUUUUGAAAAAAAUACCUUGUUUGUCAGGUUUUAUAAAGAAAAAAAUGGACUGAAUUCUUAUUUUUUUAUAAAUAUUCAGAUAA